UUCCCGCAAACCGAAAUGUUUUUUCCGUGUGCACUCAAGUAUUUAAGGCGGUUGGAUGUUUUGGUUUCUAGUCUGAACAAGACACAACACUGCCUCAUCUUUGUGUUUCACACAGCAGCGGGCCACUACAUAUUCAGCUCGUGUUCUUCUCCCUCACAUUCCAACUCUAGACUUGACCACACCAUCACCAGAAUGUCUGACCUUAACAGAAACAACAACCUUAAGCGAAUGUACGGGUAUUUCCGAUGUACCGAUUGCAAGAAAGGUUGGGAAAGUGCCCAAGUGUAUAGUAGGAAGGGAGACCGCGGGGCUGCGUACGGACAGGAGUGCAAGGAUUGUAAAGUGAUGUGCAUGCCGUACCGUAUUGCUAGACUGACCUGCUCGCAGUGCGGACUUCAAGAAUGUGCUUGUGACAGUGACCGUCACGUGGACCCUAACAAAUCCCACAGGUCGGAUCUUUGUGGCAAAUGUCGCGCUGGCUACCCGUGUCAGCAAUAGGCAGGAUAUCAAAGGACAUUUACAUAUUUAGGCAGGACAUCAAAGGACAUGUACAUAUUUAGGCAGGACAUCAAAGGACAUGUACAUAUUUAGGCAGGAAAUCAAAGGACAUGUACAUAUUUAGGCAGGACAUCAACAUUUUAGCGCCAAUAUUCAGCAGGCCACAAAAAAUUUUAGCAUAAAAUUUCAGCAAGACAAUGCAUUGCUUUGACUAAUUUAUUUCAUCUGGUCAUUGAAACGACUGAAAUCGUGACUUAUUGGUUCAACAACAUGGCAACAAUGAGCUUUACCACCAUCGCGCCGUCCCCAAACUACACUAGAGAACGUUAUUUACUAGGCAGUAUGCCUAGAGUUAUUUAUAAUUUUUUAAAAAUAAAAAUAAAUACCAAAGAAGUUCAA